AUGGCGAAGGUUAGCGUCAUGGCCGGCGUGGUCGCGCUGCUGUGCGUCGUCCUCCUGCUCCUGCCGUCCGCCGUGACGACGACCGAGGCCGGCAGGCAUUUGGGGAUGGGGAGGAGGGACGGCGAGGCCGUGGCGACUGCUGCUGCGUCGACGACCGUGACGGGGACGGGGACGGGGACGGGGCGGCGGCUCCUAAAUAAGGUAAUGCGAGAGGAGAUGGAGACGUCGACGAUGACGGACGGCGACGUUGCCGGUGUCGGCGAGUCCAAGAGGCUGAGCCCUGGCGGCCCGGACCCUCAGCAUCACUGA